AUGGCAGCAGCCGAGGAACCCGGAGCGGCACCAGCAACAGGGAGCAGCAGCAAGGCCGGCGAAGGGGAGCCGGCGGCGUCUUUCCAGAGCCGCCUGUGGAGGAGCCUGCAGCUGGGGAGCAAGGGCAAGGGCAGCGGCAAAGCCGGAGCCGAACGCCGCAGUGCGGACACCUCGCCGUCGCUUCCUCGGAGUCGCGCCAUCGAGCAGCCGGCCAAGGCGGACUUGUUAGCAGGGGGCGACGGCGUCGUCGGCGUCGCCAGAUGGGGCGGCUUGAGGCGUCGAAAACACGUGCUGGACCGCGUCUUCUCGUCCUCUCAACCCAACUUGUGCUGCUCCUCGGCAGAGCCCCUGGAGGCCGUGAGCGCCGAGGCCGGCUCUUCUCUGCGCCGCCUCCGCGAGCAUCUCCUUCACCACCCUCAGGGGAAAGGGGGGCAGCCGCAGCAGCAGCACGGCCGGGGGCCCGACCACCCGCCCGCCUCUCCUUCCUCGGCCUCUUCGGCGGCUGCCCCCGAAAAGGACCGGGUAGUAGGCGGGGAUGGAGCCCUCAAAGCCGAGGCGCGGGAGGAGCCUCCGCAGCCGCCCCGACUUGGGGCUCACCUGUCCCAUCAGAAGAGCUCUUCUCUGCCCGGCAACACCGCCUGCCUGGAGCAGUUGCUUCAAGACUCGCCCGCCAAGGGCAAAGCCAAAGGGCCGGAGGGCAGCGCCAGCCCGGCAGGGAGCCCUCGUUCUUCGAAGCUAUUACAGGCAGGUGCUUUACGCAACAUGAUGGAAAUCCAUGUUGCAGGUUAUGAGACACCAUUGAAGAACCUUGCAAGGUUUGUUUGGUUGCCCUUGCUGGUGAAAGGGCCCGGCUGGAAAAGAUUGGGCAACCUGCACCAGUCUAAUUCAGAAUUCCUAGACUAUGAUUGUGUCUGCAUUCAUAAAACAAGCACUGAAGAAAGAAAAUAG